CUCUACCCACCUUCUUCCAUCAACCUCAAUCUCACCUUUGAUCGCGAGCCUCAAGUUCCAGAUCUACACCAUCUACUCUACUCUUUUAAAACCACAAUCUCAUACAGCGCUACCCGACCGUUGCUGAUUUUCACGACUUGCGAACUCGAACCAACUUGGAAACCGAUUCACUUCUGAACCUCAGCAUCGCAACACGAAUCUUUUGAACGAAUUCCCCUUACAACCAUCAACAUGUCUGCCGAAGAAGAUCUCAUCGAUUACUCUGAUGAGGAACUUCAAACCACUGAUGCCGCGGCUGGUGGAGACACAAAUGGCGCAGCAAAGAAGGGAGGCCUUACCGCUGAAGACAAUGCCGACAAGAAGGGCAGUUACGUUGGUAUCCAUGCGACCGGUUUCCGCGACUUUCUUUUGAAGCCAGAGCUUCUACGAGCCAUCACCGAUUGCGGGUUCGAACAUCCUUCGGAGGGUCAGUCAUAAAAUUUCAUCCCCAAGCUCCAUGUCCUUCCGCGUCCGUCCAUCUCGCAAAGCAAGAAGAAAAAGAAGCAUAUACUCUGGUUCCCAACAUAUUAUGAUCGAUCCUGGAUGUCUCUUGGGUAGAAUUGCAAUUCCCAACGGUGGAGGGGAUAGAGAACUGCGCGAAAGCCAGAGUCUCAAGAAAAGCAAUCGCGUGGCAGGGUGAAUGUGUUGAAGAUGCGCAAGAAGCACAACAUUAAUGGUGGUACCAAGAGACUCCAGGAUCGGUUUGCGUUUUGCGGUUAAAGAAUGUUAUCUAUACGUUUCGGUUGCCGAUGGAAGCUUUUAAAGGCUGAAGUCACAUCCCUACUCGAUUAUUUACUUGGAAGCUGUUGUAGUUGAAGCGAUCUUAUCAUGCGAAGAUGGACGGACGAACCCUUGCCCAACGUUACCUUCUUGGAGAACUUUAAUCUAACUUCGACUCGAUUUACCCUACAGUCCAGCAAAAUGCUAUUCCUCAAGCCAUGCUUGGAACCGAUGUUCUUUGCCAAGCCAAAUCUGGUCUUGGUAAGACGGCUGUCUUUGUCCUCACCACUCUCCAACAAGUUGACCCAGUCCCUGGCGAGACCUCUGUAUUGGUUAUGUGCCACACUCGCGAACUUGCAUACCAAAUUAAGAACGAGUAUGCGCGUUUCAGCAAGUACCUUCCCGACGUCAAGACCGGCGUGUUCUACGGAGGAACUCCAAUCCAAAAGGAUGCCGAGAUUCUCAAGAACAAGGAGACACACCCACACAUCAUCGUCGCUACACCAGGUCGAUUGAACGCUCUUGUCCGUGACAAACAUUUGCGACUCGGAAGCUGCAAGGUUUUCGUUCUCGAUGAAUGCGACAAGAUGUUGGAACAGAUUGGUAAGCAUGGCACUUGAGCCACUUUUUCUGAGAUAUUGUAUUAACUUGGUUAUAGACAUGCGACGCGAUGUUCAGGAAAUUUUCAGAGCCACCCCAACCCAAAAGCAAGUCAUGAUGUUCAGCGCGACAUUGUCACAGGAAGUCCGACCAAUUUGCAAGAAAUUCAUGCAAAAUCCUAUGGAAAUCUAUGUUGAUGAUGACACAAAACUUACUCUUCACGGUCUUGCACAGUACUACAUCAAGCUUGACGAGAAGGAGAAGAACAGAAAGCUCAACGAGUUACUUGACGAGUUGCAGUUCAAUCAGGUCAUUAUUUUCGUCAAGAGCACUCUCAGAGCAACCGAAUUGGACAAGCUUCUCCGUGAAUGUAAUUUCCCAUCCAUCGCAGUGCACUCCGGUGUCAGCCAGGAAGAACGGUACGUACACAAUCUCUCACUCAAACGCAACUCAGACUAAUCCUGCCUGCAGUAUUAAGCGCUACACUGAAUUCAAGGAGUUCAACAAGCGUAUUUGCGUAGCCACUGACGUUUUUGGUCGUGGUAUCGAUAUUGAGCGUAUCAACCUGGCGAUCAACUACGAUCUUCCAGCCGACGCAGACUCAUACCUCCAUCGUGUCGGUCGUGCUGGACGUUUCGGAACCAAGGGUGUUUCGAUCUCAUUCGUGAGCAGCGAAGCUGACCAAGAUGUUCUAAAGCAAAUUGAGAAGCGCUUCGAAGCCCAGGUUCCGUAAGUUAUCAUCCCAUCGUUGUUAUUUCCUGUAUUUGUAACUGACUUUGCAACAGUGAAUACCCAGAGGGAGGCAUUGACUCUACCACCUAUAUGGCCAACUAGAUGGUGCUGUUCUUUGUUUCUCUUCUUGUUCUCGUAUCUGGUCUUUGGGGUUUUAAAAGCACAAUCCACUUGAACUCUUUUCGUCGUCAUAAGGUGUGUGCCUGCUUGAGAAGUUGGUUCAGUCACGCGAAACUCUAUAUUUCUUUCCUUGGGAAUGCGAUGCUGGGAGGCGGAGAAUGAUUAAUGAGGAAGCAUAGGCUUUCGCUGACAUGAAUGCACAAUGGGUGGAUGCUUACGGAAAAUCGGGCGUGUUGUAAGGAGGCAGCGCAGACGACCUAAAUAGUAGAAAAGAGAUACUGUCAGCAAAUUGAAAGUCUUCCAGCAUACUCGCGCUUUGUUUUGUGAUCUAUAUCGUAAAUGUGAUUCGUG